CGCAGGGCUCGCACAUGGCCCCGGGCUGCAGCUUCAUUCAGCGCGAUGGCGCCUGUGGAAGCGUGACAGCGGCCGCAGCUCGCGCCCCUCACUGAUGUGAUUCUGCAGCGCCGCGGCGGUCGGUCUGGACUCGGUCGGUCCUGUGGUGCUCUUCAUCUUUACGCUCCUGUUUCGCUCUUUCUCCUCUCAAGUCUUUUUUUUCUCACUGAAAAUUAUGGAAUCUCUCGACAGUAAAUGUGCCCUUUCGCUGGCUCUCUUACUCAUCUGUCAAAUAGUGGAAGUGUCACAAGCCUAUGGGUUCCGAUCACAGAAGAAGCUUGCAGAAAACAUAGACUGGUCCUAUGCAGGAACUCUAAACCAAAACAACUGGGCCAAGAAAUACCCAUCAUGCAACAAUGCCAAACAGUCACCAAUAAACAUUGAGGAGAGUCUGUCGCAGGUCAAAGUUCAAUACCAGAAGCUGAGGUUAGAACAUUGGGAUCAGGACACCAGUGACUUCACAACUGUGAAGAACGAUGGCAAGACAGUGGCCAUUGAUGUGGGUGGCGAGUUCUUCAUUAGUGGUGGGGGAUUAAGGUCCCGGUUUAAGGUGGGCCGCCUCACCUUUCACUGGGGCCGCUGCAAUGCUUCUUCAGACGGCUCUGAGCACAGCCUGAAUGGAGUCAAAUUCCCCCUGGAGAUGCAGAUAUAUUGCCAUGAAGACAAUCAUAGCUCUGUUGAUGCAGCUAUAAGAGAUGGAGGAAGAAUUACUGCUCUUUCUGUGUUUAUUGAGACAAGUGUUGAAGAUAAUGAAAACUAUGCAGCCAUCAUUGAUGCAGUCAACAGUGUCAGCAGACAUGGCAAGACUGGCAGUGUGUCUCCAUUUACCCUGCAAGGCCUCCUGCCUAACUCCACUGAGAAGUACUUCAUCUAUAACGGCUCUCUUACCUCCCCUCCUUGCUCUGAGACUGUGGAGUGGAUUGUUUUUAAGAACACUGCAGCCAUCUCUGAGGCACAGUUGGAGAUGUUCUGUGAGGUGAUGACCAUGCAGCAGGCCGGCUAUGUGAUGCUGAUGGACUACCUCCAGAAUAACUACAGAGAGCAGCAAAGUCAGUUCAUGGGCCAGGUCUUCUCCUCAUACACUGGCACUGAAGAACUCCUCACACCUGUUUGUAGCACAGAGCCAGAGAAUGUGCAAGCUUACCCGCACAACUACACAAGUCUUUUGGUGAUCUGGGAGAGACCACGUGCUGUGUACGACGCCAGCAUAGAGAAAUACUCUGUCACCUACCGACAAAUACAGGGAGAGGACCCACCCACACUUGAAUACCUUACUGAUGGAGACCAGGAUGUGGGAGCCAUCAUCCAGGACCUGGCAGCCAACACCAGCUACAUGGUGCAGGUGGUGGCCGUGUGCACUAAUGGCCUUAAUGGCCGCACGAGUGAGCAGCUGAUAGUGGACAUGCCUGUGAAUGACCCUGAAACAGACCCUGAUCCUGAUCCUUUUGAACUGGAUGAGGAGGAGAGCUAUCAGCCCAACCCCUUUUUGGUUAGACAUGACUUGAAUCAGCCACCCUAUCCAGUCCGGACCACAACACCCCGACCCAGAUUUACUACAACGGACCCGCCAGUUCCUCCAAUCUUUGGUGUAACAUCAAGGGCUACUACUACAACUAUUGCUACUACUACAACUAUUGCUACUACUACUGCUACUACUACUGCUAUUUCUACUACAACAUCCACUGAAAUCCAAGUUCAAUACACUCCACAAACAGCGCAAACGACGACUAGCACUACUUUAAUGACUGAUUUACUCGCUCCUGAGUCAGAUUACAGUGGCAGCUCAGAACCAACAGAUUUACUUACUUCUGAGUCACAUUACAGUAGCAGCACAUCACUAAUCAUGGCCACAGAGGGCGACAGCAGCAGUCAUAGCUUUGUAGAACCUACAGUAGAAACAGUCACUCCUGAUGCAGAGUCUUCAUCAACCUCUGCUGUAGCUGGAGGAGAGGAGGUCAUUGACUCUAUUGACAACUCUGGGGACAGCACAGUAUCUGUUACUACAGUCACUACAGUUAGCCCUCUCUCUGAAAACUUUGCAACAUCAACCUCCUCUCUCCCCCCUCCGGAGGUCCCACUGCAGCCUACAACACCAAGCGUGCCUUUCCCCACCACCACUGCCUUCAGUGCAGUCCUGUUGCAGACCACCCAACCAGUGUUCAAGGGUGAGAGCUCCCCCUCUGCACCUUCUGCAUCUGACCCUCUGCAUGCCAGUCCUGUGUCCUUUCCCGCUUCUAGUGCUGUGUCAUAUGAGUCUGCCUCCAUCCCUGACUGGGAAAACCCAUUUACUGCUAUUACCACAGUGGCCUCUGAUGGGCUGCCGUUUGUCACAUCCCUCCCUUCCUACCCCACCCAGUCAUCCUCCAGCUCUGUGUCUCGUUGGCCCACGGAAUCUAGCAGUGUCUCUAGCAGUGGUUGUGGUGAUGAUGAUGGUGAUGAUGGUGACGUAUUGUCCGGCUCAACCUCUAGCGCCCCCCUCUGUAGCAAUUCAGGUAGUGUCCCUCUUCAAACUUUACCGAGCUCGGUUGACUUUGUGCUCUCAGAGUGGUCCGAACACACUCACGUCUCUAAGCCUGUCGUCUCUAUCUCGUCUCUGCAACCUUCACUUGCCUUCUCUAGCGUCUACUCUUUGGUGACGGAUACUCCUGAUUUCAGCUCCUCGCUCUCAGGUACCGCUGGAGACUCUAGCUUUCUGGAGAAGUGGGCAGAGUCUUCUGCGGUAGCUGUAACUGUUAGCCAAGAUGGCGAGGGUCCUUGCACUCGCUGUCUCAGUUCCACCUCUCUGCAUGCUGUUCCUCCCUUCUCAAAGCCUUCUUCUUCUAACUGGGAACACAUUUCGGGUGACCUGUCUAGACUAGUAGACUUCCAUGCAUUUCUGUCUUCCUCCAGCAUGGGGACUCCCACAGUGUGCAGUACAGCCGACUGGAAACUGUGCGCUGAGACCCCUGCUCUGUCUUCUACCGAGUCAUCUAGUGACCUGCACUUCUCUAUUACAGCCACCACUGGUGUCGUCAUACAAAGUGAAAGCGUCUCCACUCCAUUGGAUUCCCCCACACUGUGGCCGACCUCCAGUCCAGAGACUGCUUCCUCCAUACUCACCCACUCUGCUGAGGGGCCUGUGGAAAGCAGUGCCUCCGGCUGGGUGGUGGACCAGGACUGGGGCCAGAGCUCUGGAGCUUCUGGAGACUGGAGUUCUGUUCCUUCCACACCAACCGUGGUGCCAACUGAGGCCCUGCCUGAAGAGGUAGAAGAGGAGCACUCUUCAUCCUUCUACUUUGAAAACGAAAGCAUUAUAGAGAUUGAGACUACACCAAACAGCCCCUCUGUCCAGCCCAGCCCUGCCUGGCCUCUGGGAGGUGUGGAGGAAGACAGCGGCUCAGGCGAGAGCCUUACAGAUAUUGAGACGUCUUCAGAUUUCAGUAUCCCUGAGCGUGCGGACAGAAAUCCAGAGGAAGAACCGGUGGAAGAUGCCAGUAACAGUAGUCACGAGUCCCGUGUGAGUCUUGUAGGCAGUGUGGAGCGUCAGAGGAAAGCUGUGGUCCCCCUAGCUGUGGUCUCCACCCUCACUUUCCUGUGUCUUGUCAUACUGAUUGGAAUUCUCAUCUAUUGGAGGAAGUGCUUUCAGACGGCUCAUUUCUACGUAGAGGACAGCACCUCUCCACGAGUCAUAUCCACCUCCCCUGCUCAUCUAUUACUUCGCACAGAUGAGCACGAGCCUCUCUCAGUGAAGCAGUUCGUCAAACAUGUUGCAGAACUUCACAACAACAACUCCUUCUCCAGAGAGUUUCAGAUUUUGAAAGAGUGUUUUGAGGAGGUUCAGGCUUGCACUGUGGAUCUGGGAACUACAACUGAUAGCUCCAACCACCCAGAAAACAAGACCAAGAACCGAUAUGUCAACAUUUUGGCCUAUGACCACAGCCGAGUCCGAAUUUCAGCCCAGUCUGACAAAGAUGGAAAGAAUGAAGGGGACUAUAUCAAUGCCAACUUUGUGGAUGGCUUCAACCAACAGCGAGCCUACAUAGCAGCUCAGGGCCCUCUUAAGUCGAGCACUGUGGACUUCUGGAGGAUGGUGUGGGAGCAGAAUGUGGGAGUGAUCGUCAUGAUCACAAACCUGGUGGAAAAUGGAAGAAGAAAGUGUGACCAGUAUUGGCCCCUGGAGACCCAGGAGGAGUACGGCUGUUUCCUUGUGACUGUGAAGAGCACUGAGGUUAUGGCUUACUACACCCAGAGAACCUUCACCAUUAGAAACACACAUGUAAAGAAGGGCUCUCAGAAGGGUCGAUCUAAUGAGCGAACAGUAACACAUUACCACUACACACAGUGGCCGGAUAUGGGUGUGCCCGAAUAUGUGCUGCCGGUGAUCUCUUUCAUCCGCAGGUCAUCCAGAGCCAGGACACAAGACAUGGGUCCUGUGGUUGUGCACUGCAGUGCUGGUGUGGGACGAACAGGUACAUACAUUGUGUUGGACAGUAUGAUGAAACAGAUCAGUGAGCAGGGUCUAGUGAACAUCCUGGGCUUCCUAAAGCACAUCCGCACACAGAGGAACUACCUUGUGCAGACUGAGGAACAGUAUGUCUUCAUCCACGAUGCGCUGGUGGAAGCCAUUCUAAGUAAGGAGACAGAGGUACCCACGAGCCGCGUCCAUAACUAUGUUAAUGAGCUGCUGACCACUGGGCCUUCUUGCAGGACUCGCCUGGAGAAACAGUUCAAGCUGGUGAACCAGUCCAGUGCCAAGCAGUGUGAUUAUUCUUCUGCUCUGAAAGACUGCAACAGAGAAAAGAACAGGAGCUCCUCUUUGAUACCAGUUGAGAGAUCCAGGAUAUGUCUGUCAACAUCAGCAGAUGAGACUACAGACUACAUUAAUGCUUCUUAUAUUCUGGGUUAUCGAAAAAGCAGUGAGUACAUAAUUACCCAAAACCCACUGCCCGCUACCGUGAAGGACUUCUGGAGGAUGAUUUGGGACCACAAUGCUCAGGUCAUCGUCUCACUGCCUGACACGAGCAGCCUGACAGAGGAACCUGAGCCAAUGAUCUUCUGGCCCAAACGAGAUCAGCCAAUUAGCUGUAGCAUGUUCACAGUCUCUUUAGGAGGGGAGGAGCGUGUGUGUAUGUCUAACGAGGAGAUGCUGAUUGUACAGGAUUACAUCCUAGAAGCUACUAAGGACGACUAUGUUCUGGAAGUGAGGCAUUACCGUGCGCCUCGGUGGCCAAACCCAGACGCCCCCAUCAGUAACACAUUCGAGCUGAUCAACAUCAUCCAGCGGGAGCGGAGUUUAAAAGAGGGGCCCAUUGUAGUACAUGAUGACUACGGGGGCGUGACAGCUGGAACGUUUUGUGCUCUUCACACUCUGCUCCAGCAGCUGGAGACCGACAGCUCAGUGGACGUGUACCUGGUGGCCAAGAUGAUCAACCUGAUGCGGCCGGGGGUCUUCACAGAUAUUGAGCAGUACCAGUUCCUCUACAAAGCCAUCUUGAGUCUGGUUGGGACCCAAGAAGAUGAGAAAGCACUUCAGUCCUCCGACAACAACGGCGCCGUCCCAGGAGGCCCUGCAAGCGCCACAGAGAGUCUGGAGUCCCUGGUGUAACCAUAGCAACGAGCAUACGCAGCUCACACAGACGCUCCCUCUUCCUGCUGCUCCGCUCUUCUUUUAUAUCCGUUCAUUCUCCCCCUUCAUCAGACAGCCCGCAUCACUGGACAUGGUGCAAAUCCUGGAACUCGGAAUGUGUGCCUUUGUACAUGCGUCCUCUUCACCCACUCUAAUACAGUUUAAGGUAGACUAACGUAGUCUAUGUCGCUGCCACUAACCUCUUACUAAUUUUUCUUAGAAUUGCAUAUUUAUUGGCAUUAUGUCUCAUUUAAAGGGAAAAAAAUCGAUUUUUAAUAAGACAUAUUUUAUUAGUCUAUAUUUUGUAGUAACUGAAAGCCACGUUGUUUUUCCACACGGAUGUAAAUACAAAGAAUGUGGCAUCUUUUUCCAGUCACAGUUUUCAAAAAAAAAAAAAAAAAAGGUCACGGAAUAAUAUUCUAAUGUGUAAAUAAUAUUAUAGCAACCAAGUCAAUGGACCAAAUUUCUAUUUAUAAGAUUAGAUUUUUAUAUUUUACUAUUGUAGUGCUUUACACGUUAUGUAUGAAUGCACUCUAAUACUCUAUAGUCAAAACAUUGUUGUGAUAUUUCUGAAGUUGUCCCAAUGUUUUGUACGCUCAUCAACUUAACAUAAAUCGUGAUAUACUGACACUCUUUAGCUGUACAUAGAAUGUUUCUGCUAUAUGUAGGAUAAAACACAACAUAAAUAAAACCAAAUAAGCAGGAGUUAUUUGUUUUGCACGACA